GCACGCACGCACGCGCACGCGGCUCGUGAAGCGGACUGAGUGAAUCCCGCAGCAGCGCGUUACUCCGCCUCGGAUGAAGGAGACAUCACCGAUCAGACCCCUGCGAGUGGCUUAGCCUGCACCAGGGCUGAGAUUUCCUGUCUGAUUUCAUCAGUGUGCAGCUUUUCUCCCAGCUGAGACCUGAUCAUUUAUCCAAUCGAGUUCAGUUCAUCGCCAGGAUGGACACCAUAUUGGACAGUUUCGCCCCGGACAAACUUUUUCAAAAUCCCAACCUGUUGGACCUGGAGGACCUGAACGAGUCCGACUUCCUCAGUAAUGUGCACUUCUCGGAGCAGAUGGAGGAUUUCUCCAAUGAGCUCUUCAACAGUUUCUUCGAUGAUCACCUCCUGGCCGAGAGGACGCCGCUGCUGGACAUGGAGCUCGAGCCACAGAACCCCGACAUCCAGCAGGAGCACAGCUACUCUCUCAGCGGUGACUCGGCUCCCCAGAGCCCCUCCAUGCCCAUCAAAUCAGACGACGACACAGAGGGCAUGUGGGCAUUCAGUCAGGACUUGACCGCCAUCCUGGUAAAACAGGAACCCAACCUCUUGUCGGAGCCGUCCCCUGGACCAGCGCCUUCUAUGCCAACUUCUAGCAGUGCCACCCAGCCCAUCCUGCUCAACCCGCCACCACAGAGACGCCACAAUCACGACAAGGUGGGCCGAGAACAGUCCUCAAACACGGUACCUACUAUCAAAGCAGAACCCAGAGAGGUCAAUCAGUUCCUCAGUGUCCCUACAGAGGAGCAUCUGCAGCUCCCACCGACUCCUCCCAGCAGCCACGGCAGCGACAGCGACGGAUCUCAGAGUCCUCAUUCUCUGCCUCCGUCCAGCCCAGCCCGCAUGCAGAGCCCUCAUUCUCUGGUCCCCUCCAGCCCCGCCCGCAUACAGAGCCCUCAUUCGCUGGCACCCUCCAGCCCCGGCCGCCUACAGAGCCCUCAUUCGCUCGCACCCUCCAGCCCCGCCCGCCACCCGGCUCGGUCCUCCACAGCCAUCUCAUCCUCUCCACUGCUCACGGCUCCACACAAGUUACAGGGCACGUCAGGACCACUGAUGCUUACAGAAGAGGAGAAGCGGACGCUGAUGGCUGAAGGUUACCCCGUCCCUAACAAACUCCCGCUGACCAAGACGGAGGAGAAAGCCCUGAAACGAGUGCGCAGGAAAAUCAAAAACAAGAUCUCAGCGCAGGAGAGCCGGCGCAAGAAGAAGGAGUAUGUGGAGUGUCUGGAGAAAAAGGUGGAGAACUACACUUCCGAGAACAAUGAACUGUGGAAGAAGGUGGAGACACUCGAAAGUGCAAACAGGUCUUUGCUGCAGCAGUUGCAGAAGCUUCAGGCUCUGGUCAGUGGCAAAGUGCCUCGAUCCUGUAAGAUGGCCUCCACACAGACCGGGACCUGUCUCAUGGUGGUGGCGCUGUGUUUUGUGCUGGUUUUGGGCUCGAUCGCUCCCUGCCUGCCUGAGCUCUCACUCUACUCUUCUUCCUCCACCUCAUCCUCACCAUCACACACGGUGAAGUCCAGCCCGCCUCCCGCCACUCACCUCUACACCACCAGCCAGGUCCGCUCCCGCAGCCUGCUCUUCUAUGAGGAGGGUUCCCCGCUGGAGAACAGCCACAGGAGCCUGCUGAGUGUAAAGACGGGGGAGGGGGCGCCACAGCCAUACACACAGGACCUAAAAGAGACCCACAAGCAGAUCCACACUCACAUCAGCACCUACCUGAACCCAGCACAGUCCAACAAGAACAGCAGUGGCACCCCCCUCCUCCACCGAGAACCACACUACCAUACACGACAGCAUGAUCCUGACGGAGGGGCUGAAUUUUUCUAACCCCUCUGAGCGGAGCUGCCUACGUCACGCAGGCCUCCGCUGACCUCUGACCCCCACGCCAUCUAGGCCCUCCCCUUAGUGGCGCUCCCUAGUGUUACCACUCUUUCACCCCCACAAAACCCCGUCAUCGAGACGUCAUACACCACUCUCAGACACGCAACCUGAACACACACCUAUGUGCAAAAGAAGAUAAUCCCAGAGAGGAGAGAAAAGGCGAAUGGGAGAACGAUCCGGAAGAAGGGAGGGCUAAAGAGGAGCCGUUCUUCUGUCUACACUCAUAACAAAGUAGUAUUCUGUCUAAGAUCCUAAGAUUCUUCUUCCUCUCUGUUCCCUUUUGAUAAAAGAAAAAAAAAAAUCAGUAGUGGUGUAAUCACAGGUCCCUGAUGUUCUGAGCGUCAUUUCUUUUUGUUUUAUGGGCCAAAAGUGUUAAAUACAAACGGCAUGAUGUUGGUCCAGCUUGACUGGGCGUGGCUCAGGCUCUGAGAAUUUCACUCCAUCAGACUUUUCCCAGAUCUUUUACCUCGUUAAAGCAUGAAUCUAAACAGAAAUGUGAGUAUUUCUCAAAAAGCAGCUAAUCACCUUGAUUCGUUUGAACAUCUACAGUAUAUCCUGAUAUCUUUCGCCCGUGGACCCAUGUCACGUUUAAUACUUUUGGCGCCACAUUCAUCUGUCACCAGCAGUGUAAUUCCUUUUAGUGUUUGUAAAUUGUAAUCCCACCUAAGAACAGUUGAUGCAUUGAGUUAAAGCUGGACUGCACUUGUUUUGCACUAGGAAAACGAAUUGAUUUAAGUGCCUUCGAAUUCUUUCUUUCUUUCUUCCUUUCUUUCUUUUUUUCCCUCCACAUGGUCAUAUUUAAGAUUGACUAUUUUCUUAAACUCCAGUCUUCUCUUUUUCGAUUCCUUCCUAGAUAGCUUACUGAGAAUUAAUAAAGGUAUUUUUAUUAUGUUUGUUUAUUUUGUUUUGUACUAUUUUAAAUUUUUUCAAAGAUCUAGAUGCAUUUGUACUGAAUUUAAAGUAUCCAUAAUAUAUUCUAGUAUUGUCAGCAUUCCAAAAAGAGCAUAUUUAUUUUAUGCAAAAAAAAAAAAAGUUAAAGUUUGUGUUCUGUUUUUUUUUUUUUUUUUUUUUAAUAAUUGCUAUGGAUGAUGUAAAAAUUUACAUGAUCUUUCUUUGUCAUAACUGUUAAACAGUUUUUGUGUUAUCUUUAUUCUGUAUAAAGAAAAGAAAGUUUUGUAUAUAGGGUGGUUGGAACCAGGACAAUCAGCAGUAAUGCCGUUAGAAUAGUUAUCUCCUUACUUUCUUUCUUGCAGAAUAUUGUCUUUUUGAAAUAAAAUAAAAUGAAAUAACAGUGUAGCUACAAUCUUACGUACAAUUAUGCAGCCGUGAGCCUUGUAACAUCUGCAAAUUCCGGAUAUUUGUUAAUAAGAUGAUGAACCACAUCAAGCUGCUGUCCAUGACGUGAUUUCAGUGUGUUUUCUAUAAACGCUAUAGUUUAUCCAAUAGUUCCAACUUUGUUCUGUUUAAUUUAGCUAAAUUUCAGUCAGUGUACAGUAUACAUUUUCAGUAACUUUGCGUCUUCAUAAAUACAUUAGUCCAUUAGGGCUAAAGCCUGGAUCAACUUGGUUCCGAGUUAAAAGGGUUGUCUUGGAUUUUGCUUUAAUAACGAUACAUGGAUGAAAUGCUUAAAAAACCUCGACCUCUCAGUGUGAUUAUUGUUGUUACCGCCUGUGUCCUCAUCCUGAUUAUUGCCUUUUGUACAUAUGACAUUGAUGGUCGAUUCUAUCUGUAAAUAUGGAGGAUGUAUUUUUAUAUUUCUGAUGCGCUCUGGUAUUCACUACGCGCCUACGGUGGGGGUUGUGGACCUGAUGCUGAACUUUGGCACUGUUUCGCUUUCUUGCUGCAUGUGUCUCUCUCUCUCUCUGUGCUUCGAAACUUCUGUCUGUUUCUGUCAAUAUUAUACCAAAGUAGAGUUAGAAUGAAGCAAAAUACA